CUGGCCGCCUGGCGGCCAGUCCUGUGAUAACCCCCUGACCUCGUCGUCGACCAGGUGGGGGAGGGACUCUUCUGUUUCUUAAUUUAGGUGCUCCUCCUCGGGGCACGCCACCUCCUGGUAAAGAUAAUAUUAGCGACAUUACACAUGUACGGAGUUGUUUAGACAGAAAAAGCAAACAACAACAGAGAAAGCCUCAUCUUUCUCCUCUGCACCAAGGCGACUCUUGAGGCUUGUUACCCACAGUAAUCAUAGACCCACUUCAGUAUUCUCCUCCCCGAGCAAGUCAUUCACCAGUCAAACCAUCAUGUCAGACAAAAAACGCAAAUCAACAUCUUCAGCUGCUGCUGGUGGUAAAGAGCCCAGUGCUAAGCAGCAGAAGUUGGCCCCCAUGAAGGAGGAGGAGAAGAAGGAGAGAGUUGAGGGCUGGCUGCAGGACCUUGUGAAGCAGCAGAGGACAGAGAAGAAGGAAAUGAAAUUCAACAAAAAGCGCCUCCGCUUUAUGUCUGAUACUGAGCAGGCAAAGCAGGGCUCAGAGGGUGUACUGUACUGGAUGUUAAGAGACCACAGAGUACAAGAUAAUUGGGCGCUGGUCCAGGCCCAGCGGCUUGCUUUGGAGGAGAACCUUCCUCUGCACAUCUGUGUCUGCCUGGUUGUCCCAAAAUCAGAACUGUCUACUCUGAGACAUUACAGCUUUAUGCUAAAAGGUCUGAAAGAAGUUGCAAAGGAAUGCAAAACAUUAGACAUCCAGUUCCACUUGCUGCAUGGUUCGGCGGGGGACGUUCUCCCUGGCUUUGUGUCUGACCGUGGCCUGGGGACAGUGGUGACCGACUUCUCCCCCCUCAGAGAGCCACUGCAGUGGUUGGAGGAUGUUAAAAAGACACUUCCAAAGGACAUUCCCCUCAUACAGGUUGAUGCCCACAAUAUUGUUCCGUGCUGGGUAGCAUCACCUAAACUUGAGUAUGCCGCCAGGACGAUCAGAGGAAAAAUCACUAAGCUGUUGCCAGAGUUCCUCACAGAGUUUCCUCUGGUAGAGAAACACCCAUACACAGCUACUAGAACAGCCAAACCAGUAGACUGGGACAAAAUCCUGGCCUCCCUGCAGGUUGACCGAGCAGUUGGAGAGCCGGAGUGGGCAAAGCCAGGCACCAAUGGAGGGAUGGCCAUGUUGGAGUCCUUCAUUGAUGUACGCCUUAAACUGUUUGACACCCAACGCAAUGACCCAAACGCUGCUGCCCUCAGUCAGUUGUCCCCCUGGAUCCGCUUUGGCCACCUGUCAGCCCAGCGUGUGGCACUGCAGGUUCAGCACAGUGGGAAGUCUGCAGGUCAUUCUGUCUCCUCCUUCAUUGAGGAGCUGGUGGUGCGCAGGGAGCUGACCGACAACUUCUGCUUCUACAACAAGAAAUACGACUGCGUGGAGGGUGCGUAUGAGUGGGCUCAGAAGACCUUGAAAGAUCAUGCCAAAGACAAGAGGCCGUAUCUCUACACGCGUGAACAGCUGGAGAAAGCAAAGACGCAUGACAAGCUCUGGAACGGUGCUCAGUACCAGAUGGUCACUGAGGGGAAGAUGCAUGGUUUCUUGAGGAUGUACUGGGCCAAAAAGAUUCUGGAGUGGACUUCUUCACCUGAGGAGGCGCUCUCGAUCGCUCUAUACCUAAAUGAUCGCUAUGAGCUGGAUGGCCAGGACCCCAAUGGCUUUGUUGGUUGUAUGUGGUCUAUUUGUGGCAUCCAUGAUCAGGGCUGGAGAGAGAGAGCCGUUUUCGGGAAGAUCCGCUACAUGAACUACAAAGGCUGCCUGCGGAAGUUUGACGUAGCCCGGUUUGAGAGAAAGUACUGUCCCAAAAACCUUUGAAGCAUAAAAUAUUUUGAAGGAUGGGAAUAAAAUGCCUGGCAGCUUAUAUCUCCUACAUCUUUACCUCAGGGGGCAUUUAUAAGCCUUUCUUGCAGAGGAUGUUUAGUUCUUCACGGACUGUUUUCUUUUUUUCCAAAACAUUGGGCCGUUUCUUUUACUGAAUAUUCAGACAUUCAUAAUUUAACAUUAGAUUACCACAGUGCCUACUUAGUAAGCAUAAAAGCUUUUAUGCUACUUUUUUAUUUCUGUUUUUUUGGGGGGUUGUUUUUUAAUGUUAAUUAAAUUGUAUUUUCCACAAAAGAUGCCUUGUUUAUCAUAAAUGUUUCAACAACUGAUUCCACAACAUCUGCUGUUCUUUUAGAGGAACUCUGAGGACUUCUUUCUAAAAAGCCCUCUUUUCAUACCAAACCAUUUUCUGUUACUUGUGUCAGUUUCUUUACCCAUUUACAGUUCAUCCAGCUGUAAUUUAUCUGUAACACCUGAAUACCACAUAUGUUGCCUAAACAGACAUGUUUGAUUAUUCUUUACUGAAAAGUAAACAUCCGCCCACAAUCACUCGCUUUAAUGAUCGUAUUCAAAUGUAAUUCAUAAUUAAGUAUAGCCACACUUUGAACUAUUGUUAUUUACUGUCCCAGCUACUGUGAUAGAUCAGUGACUAAAUAGAAAAUAAUGUAAUCAAAUCUGCACAUGAAUGAGCUGUCAACAUAUUGAUGACAAGAAAAUCAUUUGAUUAAAGAAACUUGUGUUCUUCAAACCAAAAUGGGAAACAAAAAAGACAUAUGUACAGUAUUACAUGCUCAUAUUUGCAGGGACUGGGAUAAAUCACAGUUGCAAAUGUGGUUUUACUGAGCACUGAUGUAAUUAAGCAUUGAAACAAAAAACACUUCUACCCAACCUAAUUAACUGCACCCUCACUAGUGGAUAAAAACAACCCCUUCAGGUAACAACGCACAACACCAUUUCACAAAUUACAAUAUAAAACCUCUAUGGGCCCUUUUGUUGUGUUAGUUCAUUACCAGGGAAAGAUGUAUAUCUUCCAAGGUUUUGCUUUUAUUGUUCUAAUUAGUUGAAACCAGUUGGUAUGGUUACAGGGAAUAAGAAUAUUACAGUGUGAUAUAGUGUGAAUAUAGUGAAAAUUACUGGUUUAAGGUCCUUGGCACUUAUAGUUGUUCCUAUAGGUUCAAAAUAUGUAUAAGUUCCUAUCAUAUUGGCUAUUUGCCUUCACAUGCUGUUGAAGAUGAAGAGUAAAGCAGUUCACACUUAUAAGAUUGAGGGG